AUGUGCAUGUCUCAUUCCUCCAAUUCUUCCACAAAUCCUGACCGUGAGGUGCUUCCUACCAACGUCAAACCUACUCACUAUGAUUUGACUUUGGAACCACUUUUCGAUUCAUUCACAUUCGACGGUGAAGUCGCCAUCAGCCUUGAAGUCAAUGAAACUUCCAACUAUGUCACCUUAAACUCAAUUGAGAUUGAAAUUCAUGAAGCAUCUAUUGACAACAAGUCAAUUGAAAAGGAAUCUAUCGUUUUCGACAAGGACGAACAGACUGUCACUUUCAAAUUAGACCAUGACUUGGUUGAAAAAUCAACUGCAGUAUUGAAAAUUAAGUUCACCGGUGAAUUGAAUAACAAGAUGGCUGGGUUCUAUCGUUCUAGUUAUCAAGAAAACGGUGAAACCAAGUACUUGGCUACGACCCAAAUGGAGCCAACUGACUGUAGAAGAGCAUUCCCAUCCUUUGAUGAACCACUGCUCAAGGCCACAUUCACAAUUGCAUUGAUUGCUGACAAGGAUUUGGUAUGUUUGUCCAACAUGGAUGAAAACUCCACUGAAUCCAUCUCAGACUCAAAGAAGAAGGUUGUUUUUAACAAGACUCCAUUGAUGUCCACUUACUUGGUUGCCUUCAUCGUUGGUGAUUUGAAAUAUGUCGAAACCAAUGAAUUUAGAAUUCCAAUCAAAGUAUACGCCACCCCAGGUUCUGAACAUUUAGGUGAAUACUCCGCUAAGAUUGCAGCCAAAACUUUGGCCUUCUUUGAAGAGAAGUUCGAUAUUCCAUACCCAUUACCUAAGUGUGAUAUGGUCGCCAUCCAUGACUUCUCUGCAGGUGCCAUGGAAAACUUCGGUCUUAUCACUUACAGAACAGUAGACUUAUUACUUGAUGAAAAGAAAACCAAUAUUAAUACUAAACAAAGAGUCACUGAAGUGGUGAUGCACGAAUUGGCCCAUCAAUGGUUCGGUAACUUGGUCACCAUGGACUUUUGGGAUGGUUUGUGGCUUAAUGAAGGUUUUGCCACUUGGAUGUCGUGGUAUGCCUGUGAUUCGUUAUACCCAGACUGGAAGGUUUGGGAAUCCUAUGUAUCUGAUUCCUUACAACAUGCCCUUUCUUUGGAUGCAUUGAGGGCAUCUCACCCAAUCGAAGUUCCUGUUAAAAGAGCUGAUGAAAUUAAUCAAAUUUUCGAUGCUAUUUCUUAUUCCAAGGGUUCAUCUCUUUUGAAAAUGAUUUCAAGAUGGCUUGGAGAGGACAUUUUUAUAAAGGGGGUCUCUAACUACUUGAAAAAGCAUAAAUGGGGUAACACCAAAACUUCAGAUUUAUGGGAAUCCUUAAGUGAUGUAAGUGGUAAAGAUGUCGUUAAAGUUAUGGACAUUUGGACCAAGAACAUUGGAUACCCAAUUAUCAAUGUAGAAGAGUCUGGAAACGACUUAACCUUUACCCAAAACAGAUUCCUUGCUACUGGUGACGUAAAGCCCGAAGAAAACAAGGUUUUGUAUCCAGUUUUCCUUGGAUUGAAGACAAAAGAAGGUAUCGAUGAAUCUUUAGUGCUUGACACUAGAGAGAAAAAGGUUACCUUGUCUAACUUAGACUUCUUCAAGGUUAACGGUGAUUCUGCUGGUAUUUACCGUACCGCCUACUCACCUGAGCGUUGGGCUAAAUUAGGUGAAGCUGGUGUUGCAGGCUUACUUUCAGUUGAAGAUAGAGUUGGUUUGGUAGCCGAUGCUGGUGCUUUAGCAUCAUCAGGCUUCACUGCAACCACUGAUUUCUUGUCAUUGGUGAAUUCAUGGUCUAAAGAAUCCAAUUACGUUGUUUGGGAUGAAAUAUUGAAUAGAAUUGCGGCCAUAAGAGCAGCUUUCAUAUUCGAAGACGAUGAAAUCAACACCUCAUUGAAAUUGUUUACUGUGGAUCUUUUGUCUCCAAAAUUGAACUCCAUUGGCUGGGAAUUCAAGGAAGAUGAUACUUUUGCGGAACAGCAAUUGAAGAGUUCCUUGUACGGAUCAGCCUUGGUAGCUGGCCAUAAGGAGGCAGAGAAAUACGCUCUGGAAGCCUUUGCUAAGUAUGUUGCUGGUGACAAAUCAGCAGUUCACCCAAAUCUCAGAGGAUCUAUUUUCAACUAUGCUGCCAAGAGUGGUGACUCUAAGACCUUUGAUGAAUUGUUCAACAUUUACCAAAACCCAGAGUCCGUAGAGGUUAAGAUUUCUGCAUUAAGAUCAUUAGGUAGAUUCACUCAACCUGAUUUGUUAGAGAAGAUUACAGGGUACUUGUUACAAAGUGAUGUCAUUAAGCAACAAGAUAUUUACAUACCAAUGCAGGGUUUAAGAGCUAGUAAGGAAGGUAUGAACUACUUAUGGACUUGGUUACAAGAAAACUGGGAUAAGAUUUAUGAAAUAUUACCACCCGGUUUAUCUAUGUUGGGUUCGGUAGUUACGUUGGCUACGUCAGGAUUCACUAAGAGGGAUCAGAAGCAAGCUAUUGAAGAUUUUUUCAAGACCAAGGACACUAAGGGUUUCAACCAAGGGUUGGCACAAAGUUUGGAUGUCAUUACUGCUAAAAUUAACUGGAGUGAGAGAGACAGCAAGAAAGUUGCAGAUUGGUUAAGUGUUAACGGGUAUGUGUCUAAAAAUAAGUUAUAA